AUGUCUGCUUUCAGAGCUUUUAUGAUUUAUGAUUACUAAAGAAGCUUUUUCUUUCUAUUCAUAAGAAGAGGCUUUUAAGUUUCUCCUAAUUGGAAUGAUUGUAGAAAAGAAUUAGAAAAUAAGCUUCAAGAAAUUGUUAAAGAACCUUAAGACACUUUUUAAUAAUCUUCAGAAUAUGGAAUGUUUAGAUGUAAAUAUGACAAAAAGAACAGUAAUUUAUAUUGAAUAAAUAAAGAAUGCUAUUUCAUUUUAUUGAGCAGUAAUGAAGUUUAAGAAGCUUAUUAAAAUUAAGUUUUGGAUGAAAUUUAUUAAAACAUAGAAAAAGAACCUAAUUAUUCAAAAGUAAAAUUUAUUUGCAAUAUUAGAUUAAAAAAGAAGAAUUAGAAUAAAAAGAAAAUGAAAUAAUCAAGAAUCUACUUGAAACAAAAGAAAAUGAGUAUAUUCAGAAAUAUGGAAAAGUAAAGGCCUUUUAAGAACCUCAUGAGUCUAAAAUUAAUGGCUAGAUUCAAUAACAAGUAUUUAUGAAUAUAUAUAAUAUAGAGUAAUCUAUAAUCAUAAUAAUAAAUGGGAUCAUCAAUAAUUGGAACCUAACAUUAAAGAAUUACAUCUUAAAUACCUAAUACUUCUGCUAUUUACAAUAAAAGUUAAGGAUUUAACUCUGAUAAAGAUUUGAGUUCUGAUACUCUGAUUAAAUUAUUUAGAUGUUUCAUGAUGUGGGAUUACAAUAGACAAUUCUUUUUUAUGUUUAUUAGAAGAGGAUUUCCAAUUGAUAAAACUUGGAGUCAAGAGAGAGUUAAAUUAGAAGAGUAACUUAGAGCCAAAUAAUUGGAUCCUAAUGAUCCUAAAGCUAAACCAAAGGAACCUCCAGAACUAUUCGAUUAUAGAGGCAAUUUUGGGUAAUAUAAAGCAAAAUAUGAUAAAAAAACAAGUAAAAUUGUAUUUAUAUUAAAGAAUGCUAUUUUAUCUUACUAUCAAGAUUUAAAAUUAAAGAAGAUCCUUAAAUAAAACUCUUAGAUGCUUUAUAUGAUGAGAUAUAAAAAGUAGAUAAAUAUAUUACUGUAAUAAUUUAAAUGAAAUUUUAGUUGAAAUAUGAUGUUUUAGAAGAUAAGAAAAAAAAAUAAUUAGAAAAAAUUAUAGAUGAAUAUGAGAAAGAAACAUCAAACUAGGUGAAUUAAAGAUUUAUUGACACUAAAGUAUUAGAGUAAAAAUUAGGUUUUCUUACAUCUCCAGAAAGAAAUAUCUAAAGAGACACUGAAGAAAGUGCAAUAUAAUAAAAUGGUAGAGUAUCAAAUAAUGAAACUUCUUAGAUAUAAAUGUAAAUGCUUACUUCAAAUUAAAUCUAAUAAACUUAACAAUAGAACCAUAUAAUAAACUCUUCAAAAUUAUUAUAAUCAAAACCAAUAUAUAAUUAGCAAUAACCAUAACCAUAAUAAUAAUAAGAAAAAUAAGAGAUUUAAAAUGAUUCUGAUCCUAUUGUUAAUCAAGAUAAUCCUGAUCUUAUUUCUAAUCAAGAUAAUCCUGAGAACAUUCCUAUUACCUCAGAAGUUGGCUAAUAAGCAUAAAGAUUAAGUUUGUACUAUACAAAACCAUUAAAUAUUUCUUCAUACAUUAAAUCUAGAAAUUGA